AUGAACGGCUUAAACGGUCACACAAACGGCGAGAUGAACGGCGCCGGCGACAUCAUCACACAGAACCAACAGCGUGGCUGGUGGACUAUCGGCCUGAUCAACUCGCGAUACCGGUACCUCACCGCGGAGACCUUUGGCUUCAAGAUCAACGCCAACGGCACCAGCUUGAAGAAGAAGCAGAUUUGGACCUUGGAGCCCGCUUCGGGGAGCGCUAACGACAGCAUGAUCUACCUUCGCUCCCACCUGGACAAGUACCUUGCCGUGGACUCAUUCGGGAACGUCACCUGUGAAGCUGAUGAGAAGGAGCCCGGCAGCAAGUUUCAAAUCAGUGUCUCUGACGAUGCGUCGGGUCGUUGGGCGCUGCGCAACGUGGAGAGAGGCUAUUUCCUCGGCUCCAGUUCAGACAAGUUGACCUGCACUGCGAAGGUUCCAGGUGAUGCAGAACUUUGGCAUGUACAUUUGGCUGCCAGACCACAGGUAAACCUGCGGUCGAUCGGCCGUAAGCGAUUCGCUCAUUUGUCCGAAAGCCUGGACGAGAUUCACGUCGACGCCAAUGUUCCAUGGGGUGAAGACACCCUCUUCACAUUGGAAUUCCGCGCUGAUGAGGGUGGCAAGUACGCCUUGCACACCUGCAACAACAAGUACCUUAGCGCACCUGGAAAGCUGCUGGAUUCGUGCAGUGCGUCGUGCCUGUUUAGCGCGGAGUACCACGCGGGAGCCCUGGCGCUCCGAGACGCCGAGGGGGCUUACUUGGCGCCCAUCGGGUCCAAGGCCGUGCUCAAGACGCGCUCUACUGCCGUCACCCGCGACGAGCUCUUCUCACUCGAAGACAGCCUGCCGCAGGCCGCCUUCGUGGCUGCCCUCAACGACAAAUAUGUCUCAGUUAAACAGGGCGUCGACGUGACGGCUAACCAAGACGAGAUUUCCUCGCACGAGACCUUCCAGCUGGAGUUCGAUUGGGCGACGAAGCGCUGGUACAUCCGAACUAUGCAGGACCGUUACUGGACUCUCGAGACCGGAGGCGGCAUACAGGCCAGCGGAGACAACAAGUCUUCGAACGCGCUGUUCGAGCUGGAAUGGCAAGGAGGUGGCUCCGUGGCCUUCCGCGCCAACAACGGCAAGUACAUCACGACCAAGAGAUCGGGACAUCUCUACGCCAACACGGAUACCGUCGAAGACAACUGCAAAUAUUACUUCUACCUCAUCAACAGGCCGAUCCUGGUGCUGAAGUGCGAGCAAGGCUUCGUGGGUCCGAAGGGAGUGCGCAUGGAGUGCAACAAAGCCAACUACGAGACCAUUCAGGUGGUGCGGGGACCCAAGGGAGCGGUCUACUUCAAAGGAUCUAACAACAAGUACUGGCACGCGGACAGCGAGGCCGUCACCUGCGAUGCGGACGCGCCACAGGGAUUCCAUCUGGAGCUGCGUGAGCCGACCCGUUUGGCGAUCCGGUCCGCGGAAGACGGGCGCUACCUGGCGGCCGUCAAGAACGGCAACUUCCGCCUCGCCUCCGCCGACCUCUCCUCCGCCACGCAGUGGGAGUACUAA